AUGAAACUUUUCACCACACUUAUUGCCUUUUUCAUUCUAAGACUCGUCUCUGCUCAAGCUGCUGACUUGCAUCCAGAAGAAAACGAAGGUGGUCAUUACGUUGACACCAAUGAACAAUUACCUUUCAACUAUCAAAUUGGUUACAACAUUGCUGGUAAACCUCAAUCAGAUGUUGUUGAAUUUUUUAAUGGUGAAGAAAUCACCUUGAACUAUACUUUCGUCAACAAUGAAGAUUUAGAAGUCAAUGUUGUUGGUGUUGGUGGUAAUUUUGCAAACCCAACCAAUGGUCAAGUUCUUGCAAACAUUUCAGAUGCAAAGAUCGGUCCAAUUGCUAUUCAACCAGGUGAAGCUAAAGUUUUCUCUCAAAGAAUUGGUAUCAAUUUACCAGCUAACAACUACUUGUUAACUCCAGGUUUAUACGUUGUUAGAGAUUCUUCAUUAGCUUUAUUAGGUGCCAAAACUCAAUUAGCCAUUGUUUCAGAAGCACCAAUUUCUUUAUUCAGUCCUCAAUUAUUAUUCUUAGAAUUCUUAUUAGUUGCUACUCUUGGUGUUGGUGUUUACUUUGUUUACACCAACUUUGGUGCUGCUUAUUUCAACACUGUUGCUAAAACUGGUGCUCCAGCUACUAAAGAAUCUAGUGAAAGACCAAAAAUCACCACCACUGCUAGUGGUAGAAAAGUUGUUGAUGAAUCUUGGUUACCAGAAAACCAUAUCAAAAAAGUUAACAAGAGAAAAGCUAAAUAA